GUGGGGCCCCGGCGCAGGCUGGUCACGGGGGUGAGAGCGGGCCCGCGGGGCGGUGGGUUGGGGCCGCGACCUCGCGUCGCCCAGCGCCGGCCCUGACGCCGUCUCUCUCCCCGGGCAGGGAGGCUGCCGGCGUGGACCGUGGGAAGGCGGGGUUGGGGCUCGGCGGGAGGCCACCCCCGCAGCCGCCCCGAGAUGAACGCGCCCAGCAGCUGCUGGACGCCGUGGAGCAGCGGCAGCGGCAGCUCCUGGACACCAUCGCAGCCUGCGAGGAGAUGCUACGGCAGCUGGGCCGCCGGCGCCCGGAACCGGCUGGUGGCGGGAACGGUUCAGCCAAGUCUGGAGCGUCGCCCCAGCCAUCUGUAUCCGCCAGAGGUGGCCUUCCAAAGGAUGCUGGCGAUGGAGCCGCGGAGUCUUGAUCAUUCCCUAGCCGGGCACCCUGACUUCUGUCCCUUUCCAGGGCCGAUGGCUGGACUCUGACCAACUCCCUUCACUAAAAGGGGCCAGUCUUCACUGGCAGUUGCUGGUACUUGGCCCUCAGCCUGGGAUGGCAACUCUCCUAGCAGCUGGGUUCACUCCCACGUCGUCCUGGCUGAAGGCAGUACUGUUGCUUUGAAAUGUAGCCAACGAACAUCCAGUCUUGAGUACUCGGAUUCGGGGAGCCAGCAGUGCUGGCCAGAGUGGUCUGGCCUGCUUUGGGGGUUCCAGGUGGUAUUACAUGUUCAUUUCAUGCUUUGGGGGCUCUCAGCCCCACAAAAACACUUCAGCAGAGUCUUGAUUAAAAGGAAAUCUGCAGACCCCUGG